UGUGACGUAUGAGGGUUCGACUGUCAACAUGUAAGAUGGCGGCGCACCACAGACAGAAUGCCGCUGGGCGAAGGAAAGUACAGGUAUCUUAUGUGAUAAGAGACGAGGCGGAGAAGCACAAUCGCAAUGGGGUGAAUGCUCUUCAGCUGGACCCUGCACUGAACCGGCUCUUCACGGCUGGAAGAGACUCUAUCAUCAGGAUAUGGAGUGUCAACCAGCAUAAGCAGGACUCUUACAUCGCUUCCAUGGAGCACCAUACAGACUGGGUCAAUGACAUCGUCCUCUGUUGCAAUGGAAAGACAUUGAUAUCUGCUUCAUCAGACACGACAGUGAAAGUGUGGAACGCACAGAAAGGAUUCUGCAUGUCGACGUUACGGACUCACAAGGACUAUGUGAAGGCAUUGGCAUACGCUAAAGACAAGGAGCUGGUGGCGUCAGCAGGGUUAGACAGACAGAUCUUCCUGUGGGAUGUCAACACACUAACAGCACUGACUGCCUCCAACAACACUGUCACCACGUCGUCCCUCAGUGGGAACAAAGACUCCAUCUACAGCUUGGCUAUGAACCAGAUGGGGACGGUCAUCGUAUCUGGCUCCACUGAAAAGGUCCUGAGAGUAUGGGACCCUAGGACAUGUGCUAAGCUGAUGAAGCUGAAAGGCCACUCCGACAACGUCAAGUCACUGUUGCUGAACCGGGACGGCACACAGUGUCUGUCAGGCAGCUCAGAUGGAACCAUCAGGUUGUGGUCUCUGGGGCAGCAGAGGUGUAUCGCUACGUAUCGGGUCCACGACGAGGGAGUGUGGGCCCUGCAGGUGAACGAAGCCUUCACACACAUCUACUCUGGAGGCAGAGACAAGAAGAUCUUCUGCACCGACCUGAGGAACCCUGAUAUCAGAGUACUCAUCUGUGAGGAGAAGGCCCCUGUACUGAAGAUGGAACUGGACAGGACAGCUGACCCUCCUCCUGUUAUCUGGGUCUCUACCACCAAGUCAUCUGUUAACAAAUGGUGUCUAAAGGGAAUCCACAACUUCCGGGCGUCUGGGGAUUAUGACAAUGACAUCACCGCCCCCCUGACCCCGCUGUGUACAGCGCCCGAACAGGUCAUCAAAGGAGGGGCCAGUAUAAUUCAGUGUCACAUUCUGAACGACAAGAGGCACAUCGUCACCAAAGACACCAACAACAAUGUUGCAUUCUGGGACGUGCUGAAAGCCUGUAAGGGAGAGGACCUGGGGAAAGUAGAGUUUGAUGAAGAGAUCAAGAAGAGAUUCAAGCAGGUCUACGUCCCAAACUGGUUCUCUGUCGACCUCAAGACAGGGAUGCUGACCAUCACGCUGGAUGAGAGUGACUGCUUCGCUGCCUGGGUGUCUGCUAAGGAUGCUGGCUUCUCAAGCUCCGAUGGAUCGGACCCAAAGUUGAACCUUGGUGGACUGCUACUUCAGGCCCUGCUAGAGUUCUGGCCCAGGACGCACAUCAACCCCAUGGAUGAGGAGGAGAACGAGGUCAACCAUGCAGCAGUGAAUGGGGAGCAGGAGACGCGGGUGCAGAAGGGGAAUGGGUACUUCCAGGUGCCUCCACACACUCCAGUCAUCUUCGGAGAGGCAGGAGGGAGGACUCUGUUCCGACUGUUGUGUAGGGACUCUGGUGGGGAGACGGAGUCUAUGUUACUGAAUGAGACAGUCCCACAGUGGGUCAUAGACAUCACCGUGGACAAGAACAUGCCGAAAUUCAACAAGAUCCCGUUCUACCUCCAACCCCACUCUUCUUCUGGAGCCAAGACACUGAAGAAGGACCGUCUGUCUGCCAGUGACAUGCUGCAGGUGAGGAAGGUGAUGGAACACGUCUAUGAGAAGAUCAUUAACCUGGACACUGAGUCCCAGACCACUGCUUCCUCCUUGGCAGCCAAUGACAAGCCAGGAGAGACGGAGAAGGACGAGGACAUGGCCCUCAUGGCCGAGGAGAAGAUUGAACUGAUAUGUCAAGACCAGGUCCUGGACCCAAACAUGGACCUGCGAACUGUCAAGCAUUUUAUCUGGAAAAGCGGAGGGGACUUGACGCUUCACUAUAGGCAGAAAUCUACGUGAGGCAGACACUUCAUUUUAAGGCUUAAAGAGACAGUUUCUUCACACACUACCAUCCUCCAUCUUCAGGUCCAAUGAUUGGCUGGUCGAGAGAUGGUAGGCUUAUCACCCCGCCCACUAUGUUUAUCAGGGUCGUAUUCAUUAGACACCAUAUGGGAGAAACCAUGGACUGAAUCUGAAUUUAUUCAAUAAGAAUCACUUUUUUUUCUUUUCUUUUCUCCAUUUGCCGUUGCAGAAUGUUUUGCUACGUUGGGUAUUAAUAAAAAUACAACCCAGAUGUUAGAGACGUUUUCUCUGGCCAAUUUGAGGGAUGUGGGUGACUUCGUAUUAAUAGGAAACUCAACCGGACAGCCCGGUGAAGCCCGGAGGCUAGUCAAGAGAUUCAUGAUGAAUGCGGUUCUUUCUGCAGACUGUGCUAUAACGGAAUGGGGGAAAAAAUGAAUCAAAUAUUUUAUCUAGCACUGUAGUUUAAAAAAAAACAUUUUGUUGUUCUUUUGCUUUGUGAUGUCAUAGUUAAAAGGAAUGGUGCAAUGGUAGUAUGUCUUCGUGUAUAUGCGCUGUUUGUUCUUGUACAUUCCAGAAACAGCCUGUUGCUCCUUCCUUCACCAAUACUAUGACUUAGUCCCGGUUCUCAACCCUUCUGGACUUUCUCGCAUGUGUUUUUACAAUGGAGGAAACUUCUUCCAGCCAUUGCUUUUCCCUAAUCCUACGCUUUUAGAUCCAGGAUAGGGACUAUGCAAGUGUAUAUUUCUUGGGAAAGAGAAUGGUACAUCCCGAUUCUCCAGGACCUGGAGUUCUUCCUUACCAUGUGACUUAACCAGGAGUAAUUCCUGGCCCUAACUCCACCUACAGUAUACCUGGACAGCCUGACCAACUAUUCAAGCCGAUCAAUGUUCGUCCCUGACUAUAUUGUUGUUCGUGGCUUAAUUCUGUCAACCCGAAUUAGGACUGACUGACUUGAGAGAUUUUAAUAUUUGUUUUGUAAAUAACAUGCUUUAUGUGAAUUAAUGUUCUCUUUAUUUUUCAUUAUGUUUAAUUAUUAUUCUUUUGUACAGUUUUAACAAGUCAGACAAAUUCAAAGGGUUUUUUGAUUCAAAUGUUUGUUUUUUUUCUUCAGAAUCCCGAGAAAAGCACACGAUAUCAAGCCUGGUCCCAGUUCUGUUUGUGCUGUCUAGCCCAACUCGUAACUGUCAUUGUCGACCAAUGAUCUGGGACCAGGCUACAGAUGUUCAAGUAUGUUUGUAGUUGUCUUAAGCAAUCAAGAUUUUCUUUUUUUUCUCUUAAAUCACACAUUGUAACAUCGGGCAUCUGGUGGACAACGUUUACACAUUUUAAAGUGAAAUCUCCUCCUACAGACUUGUUUUAUAAUCAUGAACCAAUAUUCACAUCUUCCAAGAGGGCUAUUGUACUGUAUAAUGUUUCAUAUGGUUAGACAGUAAUUGGUUCUAGGAUGUUAGUUUAAAACAAACAAUCUCAAACUACAGGGUUUAUACAUUUAACUGCGUAUGUAAAAUCAUAGAUUGGAUGGGAUGCACACUUGUGACGAGUGAAAUAACUAGUUUGAGUAAAUUGUCUUUAUUUUUAGGUUGUUAUUGACUUGUCCCCCCCCCCCCCCCCCACAUUACUAUGGUGAUGAGUUAAGAGGAAGCUCCAGUAUAGGGGCCACAUCAUGGAAAUAUAAUGACUUUCUAUGGUGUAGAUAGCAAGACGCCGUAUCCUCAGUCUUACAAUAUUUAUUGUUGGAUGAUGAAGUGUAUUUUGGGCUUUCAACAGCAUAUUAAAUUUGGUUUUAAAAUA